AUGACUGAUGUUGCAGCAAGUGUUCCCGAAACUGAAGCUCCACAAGUAGCAGCAGAGGGGCCUUCAAAAGCUGCUAAAAAGAAAGAUAAGAAAAAACCCGCCAAAAAAGAAGUAAAACCGACAAAAGAUGAAGUUAAGGAAAAAAAAGUUUCAAAGCAGUUAGCAAGAAUUAAGGAGGAGGUUGCUCGACGUCGCGAAGAAGAAGAACGUCUGAAAAGAGAGGAGGAAGAACGAGAACGCCUUCUAGAAGAGGAGAGGAAACGUCAAGAGGAGAUCGCAGCGAAGGAACGCGAACAACGUGAGCGAAGAAAACAAAAAGAAAAAGAAAAAAGACAGCGUCUGAAAGAGGAAGGAAAAUUACUUUCUGAUAAACAAAAGGAGGAUCGACGGAAAGUGCUAGAAUUACUACAAUCGCGCGGGAUUGAGAUACCUGACGAGAAAGGUGAACCAGUGGCAAAAAAGCCACAAUAUACCAAACUUAAAAAACGUGGACCACAAAAUAAACAGAGUGGUGAAGAUAACCAGCCUCCUCCUCCAGACCUUGGAUCACCAAAUGAACCAAAGGAUGAAGGAGAAGCUCUACUAAAUUGGGAAGCAAUGGCUGACGAACUUUUGGAGGGCAAUGAACGAGACUGGUCUGAAUCGGAAAGCACCUCGAGAGCCACUGAAGCUGCACAGUCAACACAUAGGCCGGAAAAUUCCGAGGCUUUCAGUCACAGCGAUGUGAUAUUAACAGAGGAAGAUAAGGAACGCCUAAUUGAGGCUGCCAGAAAACGCAUUCAGGUCGUCCAAGACUUUGCGCUUAUGGAACUAAAUGUAGAGUUGUUCUACAGGAAUACAAAUCCUGACGAGUAUAUUAACAUGGUUCCCACCUCCGCUCAUUCUGGUGAUGGCAUGGGUGAUUUACUCGCCAAUCUCUGUCUCCAUCUACAGAACCGGUUGAGCAAACGCUUAGCCUUCUCAGAAGAACUGAAUGCUUCUGUUAUGGAGGUAAAAGAAUUGCAUGGGUUGGGGACUACGAUUGAUGUAAUUGUUGUCAACGGUCGUAUUCGAGAAGGGGAUACCAUUGUUCUGGCCGGACAAGAAGGGCCACUUGCUACUCAAGUUCGUGGAUUGCUACAGCCUGCCCCAAUGGCAGAGCUACGCGUGAAAGGUUCCUACCAGCACCUGAAAGAGAUUCAAGGCGCUCAAGGUGUUAAAUUGAUUGCCAAGGAUUUGGAGAAAGCUCUCGCCGGUCUUCCGCUUUACGUGGCCUCGGACCUCGGUGAAGAACUAUACUUCAAAGAAGAGGUUUCACGUGGACUUAAAGCAGCACUUAAGGCGAUUGCAGUUUCUCCUCUUGGAGUGUACGUGGUUGCAAGUACCCUGGGAUCUCUGGAGUCGCUUUUGGUUUAUUUAAAAUCUGUGGAUAUUCCGUACUCGGGUAUCAACAUUGGCACAGUGCACAAAAAAGAUGUGAUGAAAGCUUCCGUCAUGGUGGAACGCGAGCAAAAGUGGGCUGUGAUUUUAGCGUUUGAUGUCAGAGUGGACAGAGACGCUCAACGACUAGCCGCUGAACUGGGUGUGCGAAUCUUCACGUCAGAUAUAAUCUACCGCUUGCAGACUCAGAUGGAGGAGUAUGUGUAA